CACCACCAUCAUCCACUCCAUCCCUCUCACAACGCCCCUACCACGCAAGGAUCUCCAAGUUGGCUCCCUUACAAGGCAUCAUGCUCGCGGCUCCUGCUGUAGAUCUCAGUUUCGACAACGACGACGACUGGUUGGCGCCGCCUUCUUCCAGCCCCCGGCUCUACCGCGCGGCCAGUGUGGGUAACAGCUGGGGAGUCACUUCUAUCGGACGCGGAGCUGUCUGGAACAACCACAACCGGGAGGAGGAGAGCGAAAGCGAUCGCGAAAAGGACAUCGAGGACACCUCUACCGCCGCUGUCAGCACAUCCAAGGACGGGGCUGGUCUGCUACGCCCCAGUGGGCCGUCGUGGUUGAGCACUUCCGCAGUACCAAGGUCCGCUGCAGCAAGUGGCACACCCAUAAUUUCCACGCCCAUAACCCCUCCACCGCCCCUUCCUCCUCUUUCACCGCGUACUGCUAGCUACUUUUCAGGCCCUCUGACGCGUUCUCCCGUACAAUCCCGCCCAUCUUCACCUCGCCCAUUCCCGUCCCGGCCUGCGUCCCCUCCACCUGCGUCUCCGUUGCUCAAUGGUGUCGCUGCAGCUCUGAGUCCCAUGUCCAGCACCCCAUCAUCUCCGCGAUCCAGUCAGUUUCCCCGCAUGCGUCGGCGGUCAUCACAACAGCGCGUCUCACUGCUUGCCGGGCGCGUCUCCAUAACUCCCGUUGAGCCACCGUCCCCACUGCCCGCAGGGCCCCAGAAACUCGUGCGAACGAACAGUGCUGCUAGCUUCCUCAGCGUAGCAAGCAGUGUCGGACCACCCACUCCCGGCGAGAAACCCGGGUCAGUAGGCGACCGCAGCAUAUCUGAAUUCGUCAUCGAACGAGAAAUCGGUCGUGGCGCGUAUGGUCUGGUCAAGCGCGCUCGAGAAAUGAUGGACGACGGGACGCUCGGGCCGCCCCUUGUCAUCAAGCAGAUUAUCAAGUCGCGCAUUCUUGCAGACUGCUGGAAGCGACAUCCGAAGUUUGGCACGAUUCCAAUAGAAAUCUAUGUUAUGUCUGCGAUAUCCACUACGCACUACGUCUUGCCACCACCUCGCCCUUGGGAUCCACUCCGUAACAAACCCGAUGUCAAACAGGACUGGGUAGAGGGUAAAAUCGUCAGCGGCCACCCCAACAUAUGCCCUCUUCUCGACUUCUUCGAGGAUAACCACUACUACUACCUUGUCUUACCGUCGACUACACCAGAGCCCAACCCAGACGAACCGUCACCUCCCUCGGACCUCUUUGAUUUGGUCGAGAGCUACCCCCACGGGCUACCCCCAGAUCUCAUUCGAACCUAUCUUGGGCAAAUUGCAGACGCGUGCGCGUUCUUGCAUUCAAAAGGGAUCGUGCACCGUGAUAUCAAAGAUGAGAACGUUGUUCUCGGACCUGCCGGCAAGUGCGUUCUUAUCGACUUUGGAAGUUCCGGGCUCGUGAGGAAGGGGGGAUGGGAUACUUUCAGUGGCACUCUCGAUUAUGCGGGUCCUGAGAUCCUACGGGGCGAGCGGUACUACGGCAAGGAGCAAGAUGUCUGGGCUUUCGGCGUUGUCGCCUACGUGAUGCUCGUUGGCGAAUGUCCCUUCACCACGGCUGCGGAAGCCCAGGAUGGCCUCGAAUCCCCAUUCGCGAGUGCCUCCAUUGCUCUUGACGAGCGGUGUAUGGAAGACAAGGAGAAGGAAGGAGAAGAGUCGGACGGCGGAGGAGCAUUAGGCGACGCAGCGGCCCUUGUCCGGGCCUGCCUACGAGUCGACGUGAACGCUCGGCCAACCUUCUCCAAGAUACUCCAGAGCCGAUUCCUGAGCGGCAACGGAGGAUGGGGAUUGCACUCAUGAUCAAGGAUCUCGAAGUGGGAUGGCCGCGUGUAACGUGCGUGCAAUGCGAGUGCCAGAACACCCACGCAAUCAGAAGUGUCCCUCGAAUUGACAGGCUGACGGGCAUUGUGUUUGCAGGAACGUCCUGUUAUCUGAUGGCUUCCGGACCUGUAGGCAGAUACUUGAGGACGUCUAAGCCUCGUCGGCACUAUCUCUCCACUCCCAGCAAUCUCCCAAGUAGAACGCGAUAUUUAUCUUCAGCUGCUCAUGACCGCUUCUGUACUCGCAUAAUGUUAUCGCCAUCAUCGCAUCGACACUCGUUCUGACCAUACUGCUUCUGUCAACACUGCACUCUCUUGUUAUCCAUACAAAUGUAUCUACAUAGUCAGCUCUGGUCCUCAUCCUGUGCAAUAGAACAAGAUGUGUAAUUUUUGUACUCGAUUUUUU